AUGGUUCCACGCGUCCUCGUGUCAGUCUGGGUUCUGGUUCUGUGUGCAGCUGAUCUGUGCAACUGGACCGGGAGCGGUUCUGCAGCUGGCCCGGACUCCAGGCUGGUCCUGCAGGUCCGGCUCCGCUGCACGGAGGGGUCAGUCACGUGGCUCCACCCGGGUCCGGCUCUCCGGGUGGUCCUGGAGCCCAAUCUGUCCUCCGCCCGGAGCGGUUCCGUCUGCGUGCAGCCGCGCCCGACCCUCCGCGGAGCCCGGCUGUUCGUGGAGCGGAGCGGGCGGCUGCAGCUGCUGGGGGAGGAGGAGGAGGAGGAGGAGGAGGAGGAGGGCGGGAGGCUCGGCUGGCACCGAGCGUUCUGCUUCCGGACGGAUGGGCCGCACAGACCCGUGAUCUACAUCCAGGGCUGGCGGGGUCCGGGCAGCUGGAGCAGGAGCUGGGUGGGCUUCAGAUAUGAGCUGCUGGACAACAGCAGGGGGUCCGCGGCCCCCCAGGAGGCUUCAUGCCGCCCCUGCAGCGACUCAGAGCUGCUCAUGGCCGUCUGCAGCAGUGACUUUGUGGUCCGAGGCCACAUUAGGAACAUCUCCCAUGAUCCUGUGCGUCACACGUCAGUGGUGGAGGUGGCAGCAGCCAGGGUGUACCGACAGCGCAGUGGAGCCUUUGAGCUACAUCCUUCUGCGUCCCCUCCAUCCUGGCGUGGACACAUCCACAUCCCCCUGCGGUGCGGCGUGAAGCCUGGAGACGGAGCGUUUCUCUUUACAGGGUCCGAGCACUUCGGGGAGGCUUGGUUAGGGUGCGCUCCUCGAUACAAAGACUUCCUGUCUGCUUAUCACGAGGCCCGGAGAGAACGAAGAAACUUCUGUGACUUCCCUUUAGACAGAUGA